AUGCCGUCCUUCCCGCCGCCGCCGACAAACACCAUCGACUGGGCCAACAUUGGCUUCCGCAUGCGUGAAGUCAAUGGCCACAUCGAGUCGCACUACUCGGUCAAGACGGGCAAGUGGACGCCCCUGACCUUCGUCACCGACCCCUUCAUCCGCAUCCACGGCAUGGCGCCGGCCCUCAACUACGGCCAGCAGGCGUACGAGGGCCUCAAGGCCUUCCGCGCGCCGGGCGACCAGGCCAUCACCAUCUUCCGGCCGGACCGCAACGCCGCGCGCAUGCAGCACUCGGCCGAGUACAUCUCGUGCCCGCCGGUGCCCGAGGCGCUCUUCGUCGACGCCGUGCGCGCCGCCGUCUCCCUCAACGCCGAGUUCGUCCCGCCCCACGACACCGGCGCCGCCAUGUACAUCCGCCCGCAGAUCUACGGCUCCAGCGCGCAGCUCGGCCUCAGCCCGCCCGAGGAGUACACCUUCUGCGUCUACGUCCUGCCCACCGGCGUCUACCACGGCGUGCACCCCGUGCGCGGGCUGAUCCUCGACGAGUUCGACCGCGCGGCCCCCAACGGCACGGGCAGCGCAAAGGUCGGCGGCAACUACGCGCCCGUGCUGCGCUGGAGCGAGAGGGCGCGCAACGAGGGCUACGGCAUCACGCUGCACCUCGACAGCGCGCGGCACGAGGAGAUUGACGAGUUCAGCACGAGCGGCUUCAUUGGCGCGCUGGUGGACGGCGACGACGUCACGCUCGUGGUGCCGAGCUCCAAGAGCGUCAUCAAGAGCGUCACGAGCGAGAGCAUACAGGAGAUUGGACGGAGCUUUGGCUGGAAGGUGGAGAGCAGGACGAUCAAGUACUCGGAGCUCGUCAACUUCCAAGAAGUCAUGGCCGCCGGCACCGCCGCCGCCCUCGUGCCCAUCCGCUCCAUCACGCGCCGCCUCGCCGCGUCCGACCCGCAGUCGCUGUCCAGCAGCGUCAAGCAGCACGCGCGCCUCAGCUUCAAGGACGGCGAGGAGACGGUCACGUACGUGGCCGACGGCGACGAGGAGCCCGGGCCGCUGUGCAUCAAGCUGCUGUCGCAGCUCAAGGGCAUCCAGAACGGCAAGGUCGAGGACAAGUUCGGCUGGAACUUCAAGGUCAGCGCGGAGGACGGCAAGAAGGCUGCGGGCGCGCCUGCGAAUGGCAAUGGCAAUGGGCAGAAUGGCGAGCCCAAUGUUGACCAGUUGGAUUGA